CGCCCUUUAUAGUCGCGACUGUUGUCAUGGAAAAAUAGUUUGUUUUUUGUCAAAGAAGCAUGCUUAACACAGCCUAUAGCGUAAAGGCAUUCGAGCUGCGUCUAAACAAAAUUAAGGGUAAGGGCAUGUACUCUCUCUUCUGUAGAUACGCUAUCCCUUUUUCUAUGGUAUGGGGGUGAGAUCUACCGAUUGAUUUGAUAUUAGAUGGGCGGCCGUACUAUGAUCGUUCGGGAGACCCGGCCCAUUCAAAUCAAAAUAGAACGAGCACCUACGACUAAGGGGAAUGGAAUGUCGACCACAAGGUGAGAUGAUCUUCUAAUACGAGGGCGAGUGACUGGUCCAGUCAUGAAACUUAGUCAUUUUGAUCAACAUGGCUGCAAGUGGACUGGGUUUAUGUGUUUGAACUGACUACGACAAAAGCCGUGGCUGCUUCAAACCAAAAAAGGGCGACCCCUAUUCAAACCGAAAGAAGUACCUCACCUCACUUACGAAGAAGUAGUAGUUAGAGCUGGGCUCCGAACUAUGAGAGUUUGCUUUUCUUUCAUCUUUCUAAGAGCGGUCUGAUCCCUUAUUUGAUCAGACAGACCGCUCCUGGUGUUCGAACUAGUCAUUAAUGGUUGGCUUCAUUGGUAUCCUUUCGGUAUGCGUUGCGAACACUUUCAUUUUUAGCGUCUCACCUUCUCUAGAGAAGCGAAACUCGAACGGAUAGAGCAGAUGGUCCAACUAAAUAACUUUUUCUUUUUCAUUACUUUCAUGGUCGUGCCUCGUGGCACGGCAGCACCCGUACUAUUGAAAUGGUUUGUCAGUAGAGAUGUUCCCAUAGGUGCCCCUUCUUCCAAUGGUACUCUAAUUCCUAUUCCUAUCUCUUCAUUCCCUCUUUUGGUCUAUCUACAUUCCAGGAAAUUCAUACGCUCCAUGGACGGAGCAAAAAGUGGAGUCUUGGUCAGAGCAAGCCGCCCUAUUCUAUUACCAGACAUAAUUUCGAGAAGCUCACCCGAAACUGGAGCUAGAAACGCCUUAUUUUCUUUCGUUCCCCUUCUUCAUUUCCUUCUUCUCGAAUCCAAGGGGGACUUCUCAUAUUUAGAAUCUUUCUGCGGUGUGCUCUGUUUACUAUUCUUUCAUACUUUCUUCUCUUUACCACGCGAUAGGUCAGCGAAGCGUGAGCGGGCGCGGAGAAGGAAACGCCAAACACUUCGGCCUAACGGGAAUGAGCAACGACGAAAUGACAAGAUGAGGUUUUCUUCUUUCCUCCAUUUAGAAAGAAGGGUCGAAGGUUUUGGGCCUGUAGCUUUCCCCGUCCCCCCUGCGUCGGGCGGUGUUUGUGUGUGGGGUGUGCCACCAGAAAUCGGGCUUGAAGUUCUCGCCUUACCAACGAGCCGACAGCUGAUGGCUCUUGGUCACGACUACUACCAAAAAGCUCCAAUGAAGAUGAAUAUUUCACAUGGAGGAGUGUGCAUCUGUAUGUUGGGUGUUCUUCUGUCGUGCGACCCGGCGGCUUUGCGACCUGUGGCCCACGCCUCCUCUUUGUUCAGGGCGGGCGGCGUGAACUCUGAUUCGAUCCGGGUAUUCAAUCCCGCCGCUGAGAUGCUCAGAACUUUGGAUGAACUAAUGCGAAUGGGUGUAAGCUUCGCUGCUCGGAAACACCCAGUGCUGACCACACUGAGAGACACGAAAGCGCAGGGCGAGACAGAAUGGGCGGGCACGAGCGGUCUGGUGUCCGAGCCAAUUGGUCAGACGACGACUACUUCACUUAUUAGAUUAGUAUUAGCCGCCUAUCCCGGAAUGAAAUGGGAUGGAAUAGAAAGAACGCGAAGCGCUAGCGCUAUAGAUAGGAUUGGUUUGGGGGCUUCUUCACAAGUUUAUCCCCGCCCCGACCGGCAGCUGCUGGGUCUCCCCAUCUCUCCUAAUCUUCCCCCGGUCUUCGGCCCGAGCUGUAUGAGGCAGAAACUCGUCUCACGUACGGUUCGGAGGCCGAGCCCCACCCCAGUAGUAAUGGUGCGGCUUAGGUCAACUAACACAAAGAAGAUACAGUUCACUCAACGAUUGACUUUAGGUUCCGAACUCCAUAUGGGGAAGGAGCGUUGUUGUUUGCGAGGUCUCGAUCAUUUACAUGGACCCACUUCUCAUUCCAUUUGUGGGAAUUUGAUGAUCUAUAAACCGUCCCUAACGGACGAUCGGCUCAUGUUUGAGCAUGAUGAAUCACUUCGUGCCGACCUGUUGCUAAUAAACUUUCCGGCCUCAUAUGAGAAUGGAAAACUGGAGCAUUUUCUGCAUCGGUGGAUGAAGAAUCGUGAACAUAAUAAUUUCUGGUUAACCAUGUUCCCAGAAAAAAGAUACUUUCGAGAAACGACGAGCACGACUGAAGUGGCUAUACAUACAAAUCUAUUUACGGAUCUAUAUGCUUCGAUUGGAACUUCCAGUUCCAGAACAGGCGGCUGGUAUACCACCAUAAUGAAACUGCCUUUUAUUUUUUUUAUUCGGAUAGGAUUUAUGUUGGCUUCGUUAGGAGGCUCGCGUAGUUUGUUACGUCAGCUCCAAAAGGAUAAGUUGCGUUGGCAUCGAGAAAGUUCCGUGGCGUGGAGUUUAUAAUUGCAUAAAAGGAGUCAAA